AUGGGCUCGUCGUUUUCGUUCAUGGCUGGGGGUGGAAGCUCCGACGCCGGCCCGUCGCCGGAGACCGGGUUGGGGGACUUGCCGGAGAGCUGCGUGGCCUCGGUGCUGGUGUACCUGGAUCCGCCGCAGAUCUGCCGGAUGGCGAUGUUGAACCGGGCUUUUAGAGGGGCAUCGUCGGCCGAUUUCGUGUGGGAGUCCAAGCUGCCGUUGAAUUAUGGAGAUGUUAUUGAUAAGGUGUUCGAGAAGGAUGAUGGAUUUUGUAAAGGGCUGUGCAAAAGGGAUAUUUAUUCCAGGCUCUGUAGGCCCAAUCUUUUAGACGGUGGCACAAAGAAAGUGUGGUUGGAUAAGAGCACAGGCAAGACUUGUACAUUAGUAUCAUCGAGUGGAUUGGCAAUAACAGGGAUAGAUGACAGGAGAUAUUGGAGUCGAAUCCCGAUGGAAGGAUCGAGAUUCGCUUCAGUGGCAUAUCUCCAGCAAACAUGGUGGUUCGAGGUGAAUGGGGAGAUCGAUUUCCCAUUCCCCACAGGCUCGUACAGUCUCUUUUUCAGACUUCAGCUGGGCCGCACUCACAAGAGGUUCGGCCGGCAUGUGUGUAACUCAGAGCACGUUCACGGCUGGGAAAGGAAGCCUGUCCGGUUUCAGCUCUCGACUCGGGACGGCCAACAGGCUACGAAACAGUGUUACUUGAACUUGAAGGAACCCGGGAGGUGGAAUCACUAUCAUGCUGGGGAUUUUACUGUCGGUAAAAGCUGCAGGUCGAUGAGGGUCAAGUUUUCAAUGACCCAGAUUGACUGCACGCACACGAAAGGCGGUCUUUGUGUAGAUUCAGUGUUGAUAUGUCCGGCCGAGUAUAGGGAGAGGUUACAGCUUUUUUAA